CGGGCUCUGCCUGACGACCAUGCUGCUGGCGGAGGCCGGGAGCUGCGCGCUCUCUGCAGCGGGCUGAGCUGCCUGCAGCGGCCGGGUGUCUCCGGGGACCUCUCCUCGGCGGCCGUGGAUGUUGCCGGGCUGCUGCAUCCGCGCCUCUGCAGCGACCCCCACCCCGCCUCCUGAAGCCGCCCGUGGAGCAUGGGGGCCCCGCUGAGCAUCCCUGAGAGGUUCCGACCCAGCCGCCACUGCAAGUGCCCGGCCCGCGGCUGAAGGAACCAGUGCAGCUGGGUCAACCCUUUGAACCUAUGGCAACAUGUGCUAUGAUCCACCAGUCCAUGAAGGUGGAAUUCUUAGUGGCAAUCACCUCAGCUUGAAGGAUCAUUGAGGGAACUAUACGUGGGUAUGAGGCGCUGUGAAAAAGAGAAACACACCCCAAACGCUCACCUGGCACUUUUCAUUGUAUCCCAUGGAGACUAAGGAGGAGAAGAAGGAGCGGAGACAAGGCUAUUUUGCCCGGUUGAAAAAGAAAAAGCAAGCCAAACAAAAUGCUGAGACAGUCAUUUCUAAUUCUCGUGGAACCACUGCUUCCAGAACUCAGGUUGGGAAGGAUGAUAGCAGUAAGGUCAUUUUGGAGCAAAUCAAUUCUGAAGACAACUGCAAACUUGCUGAGGAAAAGGAGGAGUGUAUCACUGAAGAAGAGAAGAAAAAGAAAAAAUAUAAUCAACUAAAAGAUAUCAGGCGCACAGAGCUGAAAAGAUACUAUAAUACUGAUGACAAUCAAAACAAAACCAAUGAAAAGAAAGAGAAGAAAAUGGUUACUCAGAAACCCCUUGGAACUAUAGAAUAUACUGCUGGAAGUCAGGACACCCUAAACAGCAUAGCAUUGAAAUUUAACAUCACUCCAAACAGACUUGUGGAACUCAAUAGGCUGUUCACACACACAAUUGUUCCAGGGCAGGUUCUCUAUGUCCCAGAUACUGACCACUAUUCCAGUGCUUCUAGGUUAGCGUCUUCCAGUCCUGGUGCUCCUGUUUCUCCUUCAUCAUCAGAUGCUGAAUAUGAUAAACUUCCUGAUGCUGACUUGGCAAGAAAGGCCUUCAAACCAAUUGAGAGAGUUCUGUCAUCUACCUCGGAGGAAGAUGAACCAAUAGUUGUCAAAUUUUUAAAAAUGAACUGCCGUUACUUCACAGAUGGUAAGGGUGUAGUUGGGGGUGUCAUGAUAGUGACUCCAAACAACAUCAUGUUUGACCCACAUAAGUCGGAUCCUCUGGUAAUUGAGAAUGGCUGUGAAGAGUAUGGGCUCAUCUGCCCUAUGGAGGAGGUUGUCUCGAUAGCCCUCUACAACGAUAUCUCUCACAUGAAGAUUAAAGAUGCCCUGCCAUCUGACAUUCCAAAGGAUCUUUGUCCUUUGUACAGGCCAGGAGAGUGGGAAGACCUUUCCUCUGAGAAAGAUAUCAACCCUUUCAGCAAAUUCAAGUCCCUGAGCAAGGAGAAGAGGCAGCAAAAUGGGGAUGAUUCCAAAUCAAUAAAGCCUUUGGACAAGGAGAAAUCUGCAGAUUUUGAACUUCUUAAGCCUUCUGACAGCACUGUUUCAAUGGAAUCUAAGUCAUUGGAACCUCCCAAUGACAUGGCCUCCGCUGAAGCAUCUGAAAGGUCCGCUGUAGGGGCACAUACCAAGGAAUCUUCUGGGGAAAAAGCUGCUUCAGACUCCAAAACCAAAGAAUGUUCCCUUAUAGGAGGAGGAGAUGAUGACUUCAUUGAACUCCAAGAGACUGCAUCUCUUACAAGUACCAGAUUAGACAGAAAAGAUGCAGUAACAGAAGGUUUUUCUUUUGAUCCCAAGGAGUUGGGGGAAUCCAGAUCACAAGUAACCAAAUCUGUUUCAGAAGUCCAGGACCUACUGGCAUUUGAUUCCUUGGUCACAAAGAAUGAUGUUGAACCCAAAGCUGAUAUAGACUCAGAAUCAUGUGAGAAGCAAGAUGUCAUGCCAGAAGUAAACAAGUGUGCCAGUUCCCCGACAGGUAAGAUGGAGACUACACUGGACACUCAAAAGGAGCUAGAUAAAAACAAACUUAUUGAGUUUUACCUCAGUAAAGAUAAAGAUGGGUCACAGUCUUCUGAAAAGCUACAUAAGGCUGGAAACGGUGAUGGUGAAAACAAUAAAGCAACAGGCGUAGACCUCACACUUAGCUGUUCAGAGUUCCAAGUUAACAAACUUCUUACAGUUAAAAGUGGGGAUUCAAGCUGCAUUGAAAGGAAAGAGCCUUCACUGGAAGUCCGUUUGGCUGCAGUGGAGGAAAAGGAUCUUAAAGAGUCUUUGAAGUCGUCAUCAGUACCAUCUCUGGACAAGGUGUGUCAAGAAACACAGUUGGACAAUAAUUCAGAAAUCAGACUGUGGCUGUUACAGAGAAUUCAAGUACCAAUUGAAGAUAUGCUUCCUUCAAAAGAGGAGAAAAGCAAGACCCCUCCAAUGUUCCUGUGUAUCAAAGUGGGCAAGCCCAUGAGAAAGUCCUUUGUUACUCAAAGCACCACCAUGACACAGCAGUAUGGUAAAAGGAGAAAGCAGCCGGAGUACUGGUUUGCUGUUCCUCGGGAAAGGGUAGAUCAUCUGUAUACAUUUUUUGUUCAAUGGUCACCAGAAGUAUAUGGAAAAGAUGCCAAAGAGCAAGGUUUUGUAGUGGUGGAAAAGGAAGAGCUUGAUAUGAUAGACAACUUCUUCAGUGAGCCAUCAACUAAAAGCUGGGAGAUUAUCACUGUAGAAGAGGCAAAACGUCGAAAGAGCAUUUGCAGUUACUAUGAGGAAGAUGACGGUGAUUCUUUACCUAUCCUAAAGCACCACAGCGCGCUCCUAGAGAAUAUGCACAUAGAACAGCUUGCCCGCUGUCUGCCAGCAAGAGUGCAGGGAUAUCCGUGGCGGCUUGCAUAUAGCACAUUGGAGCAUGGAACCAGCCUGAAAACUCUGUACAGGAAAUCAGCGUCUCUUGACAAUCCAGUCCUCCUUGUCAUCAAAGAUAUGGACAACCAGAUAUUUGGAGCAUAUGCAACACAUCCUUUCAAAUUUAGUGAUCACUAUUACGGCACAGGCGAAACUUUCCUCUACACGUUUAGUCCAAACUUCAAGGUGUUUAAGUGGUCUGGAGAAAACACCUACUUUAUCAAUGGAGAUAUCAGCUCUCUAGAACUUGGAGGUGGAGGUGGUCGAUUUGGUUUAUGGCUAGAUGCUGACUUGUAUCAUGGGCGAAGCAACUCCUGCAGCACCUUCAAUAAUGACAUCUUAUCCAAGAAAGAAGAUUUCAUAAUACAAGAUGUGGAAGUAUGGACAUUUGAGUGAAGUACGGAUUGCCUUAUGGACUGGGUUCAUUGAGGAUGCUGAAAGCUAAAUCCCCAGCACAGGCUGCCUCACAGAGUAACACUUUCUUUCUGAUAUCGUAGCAGGACAUGACUACACGAAAACAUUUUGAGACCCAAUUUUAAGAGGCAGAAAUGGAGAAAACAAUAAGAGGACCAGUGUGUGUUAGUGUUUUUACUCUCUUCCCACCAACAUUCCUUGAAUAAGGAAACAAGAUGCUUAUGAAGACAUUCAUGGUGUAUGAAUUUGUUUAAAACAGUUUUGUUUUCUGUAACUGUGGAAAAAAUAUAUAUAGUGCAUUCCAUGUGUAUUUAUAUUACAUAUAAGUGCUAACCAAAAAGAAAAUCUACAACAUACUUUGUUUGCCAUGAAAACAAUAAUAAUCAUCUGAAAUAAUAGAUGAACACAGCACUUAAAGGGAACAUGUUUUUUUUUUAAUCUUUUUAUUUAUUGUUCAUUGUAUAGUUCAUUUGUUUAAAAUGUAUUAGGUAUGUUUUUUUUCUUUUAAUGUUUAAAACCUCAGAAUUUGACAGAAAAAUACUAUUGAGGUAGUUUUCAUGUGUGUUGGCAACAAAUCCAUUUGAUUUCUAAAGUUAGUUUUAUAUUUUUUUUUUUUUAUUUUGUAAAUGAAACUUUUUGUUUCUGUUUUGCUGUUGUUGUUGCCCUAAUUUAGGGUUUUUGUUUUUUGGCAGAAACACUGAGUGCAUAAUUCUGGAUUUCUUUCAGAUGGUGGGAGAGAGGUGGGUGCUGUCAGCAUUCAUUAUUGACUCUGCUGCCAUCUUCCUAGUAAUUGGGUUUUCUGCUGGCAAUAUAUGGGACAGCAGGGCACAUUCUUAGUGUAACUUGUCAUAGCUUCAUUGACUUCAGUAGAGCUAUGACAGUUUAUAUCAGCUCAGGAUCUGCCCCAGCAUGUUUAUACUUAUGACUAAGAAAAUGUCUGAAAAGAAACACAGGUUGUUUUUCUCAGCCACUUCCUUGGUGGCACAGAAAACUAGUUCUCUUUCAUGAGUCUUACCCUACACUUUUUUUAUUUUUUAUUUUAUUUUAUUUUUUUUAAGAAAAUCUUGUUUUUUAAUAGGGGGAAAAAUAUAAUGUGAAAAGUGGGAAGGAAUGUUCUUUCCCAAAUAGGCCAUAUUAUGUUGAUGUAAUAACUGUUUUUCUUGGUAAUUGAUAUUUGGUUUCCUUCCUGAAAAAGGCUUGAACCAACAGGCUAACUUACGCUUUUACAAGUAACUAAUUAUUUCUUUUUUGGUUUAAUGAAGUGGCAUUUAAAUACAGAUCAGAAUUUUUUCUAUUGAGGGACAUUUCAUUUGCGAAAGGCCGAGCUGAACUCUAAUCCAGUUAGUGCUGUGAAAACAUCAAUAGACACAUAAGGUAACUGGAGGAAACAAGAAAAUACUUUUUUCUUUAUGGUAUGUGACCAAUUCUGCCUUGUCAAAAAAAUAGCUUUGUGGGUGUUUUUGUUUUAAAAAAAAAAAAAAAUUAUUUAAAUGAUGAUCUCUGCUGCUAGGAAAAGAAUCUGUCCUGUCUCUAGAGUUCAAAGCAAAAUGUAACCACAUCAUACUGAAUCCAAUUCAUCUUAAAAGAAGUCAGGUUUUAGAACUGGUGUUGCACUUACAGUGCUUUUUUGAGCAUGGUAAACACUUGGAAUAUUCCACUGAAGUAGUACAACUCCAGUUAGUUACUACUCUUAACCCUCUUCUCCCAUCCCGCAGAAAUAAAAGAGAACUUAGAUGCCAAGUUUUUUUGUUGUUGUUGUUUUUCAAAAGCAUCGAUCAGUCUCAAGUCCACACAAAGGUUUCAUGCAGUUAAAAACUGAUGCUGUAAAAAUAAGAAGUCUGAAACACAGUGCACAUACGCUAUUAACACUGUUUUCUUCCACUUGGCCUGUCCAUAAAAAAGAUUCUGAUGGAUUUAGCUGUAAGAUAUUUCAGAAACUGCUAAUAGCAUAGUGCUUUGAGAGAUUCUAGGAAUGUCUACUAAUGUCUGCCAUUUUGGCUAGUUGCAUACCACUUACUAGUUAUAAGCAAAAAAAUUGUCAUUUUACAUACCUAUCUCUCAUUUAACUACAGUUUAUUCCAUUACUCUGUAUUUGUCAGAGCAUAUCUAAACGCUGUCUUCUAUAUUCAGCAGUGUUGUUCAUUCAAACUUCUGUGACCCUUUACACUUUAAACUAUGAAUCUUGAAUAUAUGUAAUGCAGUGCUAUCACAAUAUUUUCAAUAAAGGAGUUUAUGCAUUCAA